AUGCUGAACCUCAUGGAUCCCUCCGAGACGCCCGUUAGGUGGCAAUUUAUCGACUCUUCCAACAACAGUCGCAGUAACCUGACUCAAGUCAAGCGCCAUGUCAUGCAAGAGUACAUGCGCCAGAAGAAAGGCAGUCCACGACAGAGUGAAAGCGACGAGGAGCGUCCGCAGCCCAAGCGCGGGCGACCUAGGAAACCUCGAGCAAAACGGGCGGCAAAGAAGGCCAAAUCAGAUAGUGACAGCAAGGAGCGCAAGGCCCAACCCAAAUCAAAGGACGUUUUAGCAGAACCUGCAGACGAGGAGAUCGUACGGGACAUCCCGGGCUUCACGUCCACCCAAGCUAGUGAGGCCAGCGAGAGCAUCUUAUUCCUCCCCUUUCGACCAUCCCAUCCCGAUGCCUUUUACCAGGACUAUGUGUCUGGUUAUAACACACCCAACGAGGCUAUCGAUUUUAAUGACUUUCUAUGGUCGUCCGCACCGACGACCCCCGACCAACUCAUGCAGUCGCCCAAAACCAUCAUGAGUGCGGCGCGGACGGAUCCGUUUAAUACCCUGCCCAUCGACCUGGAUGAAGAUGGACAGCGACUGUUCGACUUCUACGUGAAUACGAUGCCAGCCUGCUCAUACGGGUCGCAUUUCCGAACGGCCAAGGCCCACAACUGGUACACGGCCGUGUUCGUGCCCGAGGGCAUGAAAGGCUCCGUCGCGUUCCAAAACACCAUUAUCGUCCACGCGGCAAAUACCUGGUCCUGGGUGCGCAACGAAGGCCAGACUCCAAAUACACUGCUGCACCGGGAUCGGGCCGUCACGAUGCUCCGCGAGCACAUUGCCCAGAACCCGCACGAUAUCUCCGAUGUGGCCAUCAUCUCCUGUCUCAGCGCUGCAGCCCUCGAGGACUUCGAUCCGCGUCCAGGCCGUAAGGAAAUCAGCUGGAUUCACAUGCGGGCUGCACGGGAGAUGAUCCGGGCACGUGGAGGCCCUGCCGCGUUCGCAAAGACACGUCUGGGGAUGCUCAUCAACUGGCAGGAUUACAUCUUGUCCGGGUACGAGACUCACGGCCCAAGCUUCUACUACGAAUAUGAACAGCCGACAUUCCAGGAGAAUGUGCCACCCCAGUCCAAUUUCCAUUCAAUGCCAUCACCCCCAUACUCCACCUCGUCUGCACACUCGGUCUCUCCCUGCCCGGAGCCGCAGGCAGUCCCCAUCCCAACAUCCCCAGUAGACGAGAUCAAAUUCCAAUGUGAAGAAUUCCUCGACUUCCUUCGCCGCUGCGAACAGCUCGCCCUGUACCAGCGCGACAACCCUGAAGCUCUCCACAUCUCCCGACAAGCAAUUCUCCAACCGACAUGUCUUCUCCACCGAGUCCUCGCUGCACCCCCCGGCGCCAGGUUCUCCACCUCAGGCGACCGCAAACAAAUGGUCGCGCGCCUCGUUGCGCUCAUGAUCCUCAACGCAGCCCUAUGGGACUACCGGUACACUCCGGCCCGCGUGGGACUUUUCCUCACUACGCUUGAGAAAGCCAUGAUCGACAGCGAAGUCGACAUGAGUGGCUCCGUCGAGGCUAUUCUCCAAAUUCUCCUCGAGUGUAAUGAUGGCAAUGUCGAGGAACUGUCGACCGGUUACUUCGAUACUGCCUCGCUGGGAGAACCUGAUGUCCCGGAUUACUCCCAGUACUCUCCGACGGCGAGUUCGCCUUCUGACCGCCCAUGGUUCGCUGGUCGGAUGCUCAAGAUCGCGAAACGGUUGCGCUCGGAGUCGUGGUAUCGCGUUAGUGAGUUUUUGUUUUCGUGCUUGACUCUGCAGGUUCAAGAGUCGAGUAUGGUGUUUUGGGAGGGGGAACUUCGACAGGAAAUUUUGGAUGCCCCACUGACGAGUUAUCACAUGCGCUCAUUGAUUGAGUGA